UAUUCUGACUCCCCAAAAAGCUGUUUGGAUGAUAGACAAACAUUUCAAUCUCUCUACCUAUAUAGGAAAAUCUUCAAUACUCCCCAUCCCAGUUUAAAUCUCUCCCUACACUCUUUUCAGCUUUAAUGUCAAGUGCUUGUGGUUGGCAGAGCCUUCAUAAACUUGACAACUUCCUGCCCCUGAACUCAAUUUAAUUAGCUGAGAUGGCACAACAACUCAGCAUAAAAAUGAAGUGAAGCCAUAGCUGCCUCCUACAUUGGCUUUAUCUUGAAGCAGACACAUCUUAAAGUUUUCAAGUGCUACCUACAAUGGCGCCUUCACCUCACCAGAAAAUUGAUCAUCAAGGUCCAAAGUUUCGUGCUACAACUCCCCAUUUUUUUAACAAGAUCGUAGACAAAAGACUUAGGGUGCCAAAGACAUUUCUGGACAAAUAUGCUGAGAAUCUGUCAGAUCAAAUACACCUUAAACUCCCAUGUGGUUCAGAAUGGAAAAUCAAACUCAGAAGAUGUAAUGGUGAGGUUUGGUUUGGAAAGGGUUGGCCGGAGUUCUCUGAGUUUUACUCUCUCAAAAAAGGCAACUCCUUACUUUUCCGGUAUGAGGGGAACUCAAAAUUCCACGUUUUGAUAUUUGAUGAAAGCGGCACAGAGAUGGAUUAUCCCAUAGCUAUAACCCUGAUUGAAGAAACUGAUGAAGAAGAUGAUGUUAAGUCUGUUGAAAGUUUGGAGUAUUUUCCAACCUUCCCAAAAACAAAGCACAAAACUGGUCCUUUGCUAUCUCCUCUGCCUCAAGAGAAAAGCAGAACAAAUCCUCGUUCUUCAUCAAAGCCAUCAUCUUCAUCUUCAUCUUCUGCCAAUGAGUUCGUCUCAAGCCACCCAUUCUUCAAAGUCACUUUGGGGUCAUACCUUGGGAUGAAUGUUCCAGCUAGUUUUCGGAAGCAUUUCACUACAAUGGAGACCCAAAUCGUGAGGCUUUGGGUCGGAGAUAGAUCGUGGCCUGUGAAACUGAUUUUUCAUCGUUACAACGGUCAAUUAAGUGCUGGCUGGAGAGCAUUUUCAAAGGAAAAUUCGUUGAAAAAAGGAGAUGUUUGCAUCUUUGAGCUUAUCGACACGAACAACGUUGCACUGGUGGUAAACAUUUUUAGAUGCUGAUUAUUCGGGGGUGCUUAGGGUUGAUUUAAAGUGGCAGAUUAGUACUGUUGGGGUAUUUGUUAGAACUGUUGUUGCGAGGGAUACCGUAAAAGAUGAUUUUCCAAUGUAGCUGUCUUUUUAAUUUCCUUUAAAAGUAUUUUAAGUAUAACAUGUACCGUUAGCGAUAAAUUAUCAGAAAAUAGUCUUCAUCGAAAUUUUAU